GAGCGACUCAUUGAAAUUUUGAACAGAGUUGACUUCAGUUAGGAGUGGAAAUUUAUUAGCAUGGAUAGUGAAGUUAAUUACGAUGGUGAACCAGGAUUUUGUCCUGAUUGUGGUUCUAUAUUACCGUUGCUAGAAGAUAGAGGAAUAGUAAACUGUUACACCUGUAAAAGACAAUGCAAUGCUGAAGUGUUCAAGAAUCUUGAAUCAUUUUAUGUGAUUCAUUUUAAUUCAUAUGAUAAAAAAUCUAAGAUGAAUGUUGAAGAAGAAAAUGAUGGUCCUACAGUAGAAAGAAAAUGUCCUCGUUGCAAUAAUGAUAAAAUGUCAUAUGCAACACUUCAGUUACGAUCUGCAGAUGAAGGCCAAACAGUUUUUUAUACAUGUACCAAUUGCAAAUUUAAAGAGACAGAAAACUCAUGAAGAAUAUUAUUUUUUUACGAUCUUGUUGUGAUUGUUGAGAAGAUAUGAUGAUCUAAAAAUCCAUCUAUUGUUGCUUUGUGAAUAGAGUGUAAUUAUUUACUGCCAAAACAUAUUUUGUUAAAGACAGUAUUUUGUUAUUUCUUAUAUAUUUUUUUCAUUUUAAGUAUAAAAGUUAUCAAUCCACUAGAUUGUAAUUUGAGUUAUUGAAACUGACAAUAAAAUAAUAU